AUGGCUUUAUCAUUUGCUUCUUUAACAAACUUCUCCAAGAUGCAGUCAGGUGUAUGGUACAGUGGAGCCAUCACGCCAAGAUUCACUGUGAGAUGCUGUGAAGCCUCGAAAGAGCCUUCACCAAAGUCAAAGCUCCAAGUUGGAUCACCAAUCAUCAUAGUGGAAGCUCCCAAAGUCAUAAAAACAGCAGCUUCAAUGCCUUGUCUUAGAGCUAACGCUGGCUUAGUCAAGCCUGGCGAUGUUGGAAGAAUCGUUUCAAGAAAACCUAAGGACUUGUGGGCAGUUCGACUGUCCAUUGGAACAUAUCUUUUAGAUGGUAAAUACUUCAAAGCUUUAGAGCUUGAAGAGUGA